AUGAAAAGGUUUAAUCAAUUACUCGGUAAUAAAUUCGUUGCUGAGCAACAUGGACAAAAUGCAAUUGAUUCCGAUUAUAAUUUGUGGCUGAGUAAACACCCUUCAGCUCUAGAGCGUUUUACUGAUAUUUUGAGUUCGACAAAAGGCAAACGGUUUGCUGUAUUUCUGGAUUACGACGGAACGCUUUCACCCAUAGUAAAUGACCCUGAUCGGGCGUUUAUGUCCGAGGAAAUGCGUGUCGCUGUGAGAGAAGUUGCUAAAAGAUUCCCAACUGCCAUUAUUAGUGGGAGAAGUAGGCAGAAAGUGUCUAACUUUGUUAAGUUAGAAGAGAUAUACUACGCGGGGAGUCAUGGCAUGGACAUUAUAGGUCCACCUAUGAAAAAUAAUUCUUAUAGUGGAAAAUAUAGAUCAAAUAAAACUGAUGAAAAUGGAAAUGAGUAUAUAAUUUUCCGACCGGCUAAAGAAUAUCUUCCUUCCAUUAAAGCUAUAAAAGCUCAAAUGGAGGAGGGGAUGAAAGAUAUACCCGGUUCAUUAAUAGAAGACAAUAGAUAUUGUCUCUCUAUCCACUACCGACACGUUAAUGAAAAGGAUCUUAGCACUCUACAGAACAGAGUGCAAUCAAUACUAAAAAAUUGGCCAAUGUUUCACACAACUGGCGGAAUAAAAGUGACUGAGAUAAGGCCCUCCAUAAAGUGGGAUAAGGGCGAUGCCCUUAAAUACUUAUUGGAGACGUUUAAGGACAUCUCCAACAAAGAUUUAAUCCCUAUAUAUAUUGGAGAUGACCGAACCGAUGAAGAUGCAUUCACGGUUUUAAGAAGUAUAAAUUGUGGAUUUCCUAUAGUAGUCACUUCAAAGGCUAAGGAGACAACCGCAUUGUACUCUCUUAGAGAUCCUCAAGAAGUCUUUCAUUUUCUUUCUAGACUAGCUAGAUGUAAUAAUGGUGAUUUAUCAAGUUCUUCGGCCACCACCAGUUAG